CGCCAGUGUGCAUAUGAAGCUAGCUGCAACUUAAAACCUCAGUAGAAUCUCUAUUUCAAUCUACACUCUGGCAAAGACUGUCUGUGAGUGGUGCAAUAUGACAACAAAUGUUGGUUACAAUGUAUUGGUGAGCUGCAACGAGCAGCUAGUUGCUGACUUUGCUUCAGAUCCGGGAGGAAAUGCUGGAGUUAUGUUUCAAAACCAUUUAAUACCAUACGAAACGAAUCAGGAAAUCAAUCAGCUUGACAAAACAAACACGGAUAAAGCCAGAAUACUAUAGUGCUAAAAUUGCAAGCAUGCAAAAGUCAAAAGUUUUCAGGGAACUUAUGAUAAAUUCAUUACAAUACUUCGGGAAAGGAACGAGCGACAUGAUGACCUCCUCUUAUCAGUGCUUACAGAUAAGUACAAGGAGUUAGAAGCUGUGGAUGAAGUACAAGGAGUUAGGCCAAGCAAAGUCAAUUUGUAGUUUCUCAAGCUAUUAUUUCUAAAAUAGCAAGAGACAUUUGAUAAAUAUUAAUGAUAAUGAUAUUCAUAGAAUUUUAAUUGAAAACACACCCCUAACUUCCUUAAUAAGCAGAAGUGCAUAAUUUUCAUUAAUUAAUUUUAGUCAUAAUUAUAAUUAUUCAUGAUCAAAAACCCAUAAACAUUUUUCCUUUUCUUUUCUUUUAGUGCCUUUAAUUUGAGGUCACGUGAUAUUUAACUUUUUUGUAAAGCUGUCAAUUUCCAAGCGCAGGGCCUGAGAAACUACAAAUUGACUUUGCAAGGCCUUAGAAGCUGUGGAUCAAGCAAACUCAGCAGGUAUGCAUAAUCGCUCUAACCAUCGUGAAGGACUCCAAAAUCCAAUAACUUUGAAUGAUCUUAGUGCAGUCUAUGAAGCAACAUUUCAAGCUAGAGCCAAAUGGAAGCAGAUGUUGUUAGCUCUGCAACUUAAUAAUACUACUAUUGAAACUAUCAAUAUAAGAUGUAGUGAAGAUCCUGAUAACUGCUAUCUUGAGGGUCUAUCAGAGUGGUUAAAAGGUGAAGAGAGAAACUGGACAGACGUGUUUGAGGCUCUCUCACGCUCUAGUAUUGGGCACAGUGAUCUCGCUAAGGUGGUCGAAAGACGUCUUACUAAAGCUACCGGAAAUACAGAGUACAGACUGAGUUCAUCUUCACUGGCUACUAAUGGUUAGUGGUACAUAUACCUGCUCGGAGUUACAAUCAUUAUUAUACUCCUUAAGCGUCUGAUAGCGGCAUAAUAGAAAUGACUAACAUCAGUGAGGUGAAGCAGAAAAGUCAGCUUGACAUCACUACAGAUCAUGAAAACCAAACUGACACCAAUCACGAAGAAGUAUCCAGCAUUGGCGAUCAAUCUCUGGUGACAAUGCAUUCAAGGCGUUGCAAAUGGUCGUGGCUGUUGACGAUAAUAAUCCUAUUGGUUGUCAUUGUGGUACUAACAGUGGUGGUCUUAGCAGUCUUACUGCCUGUUCUCAAACUAGAGCUAUCUCAUUCUGAUACGUCAACUUCACCUCCACCCAUCGUAUAUACUACUGUUUCUGAAUCGACUCCAACAGUGAGUACAUUUCAUACAGCUACAAUAGACGUCACCGUAGCAGGUGGCACGACUCCUGCAUCAGACCUACCCAUCAAUGUAAACAGCAUAUAUCAACUGCCUAAAGUGUCAGCAAUCUUCGUUGACUCAUUUAUCAAACAUACAAUCGAUUUCUUAAUUUUAUCUAUAUUCGGAGGGAGCUGGCUGCCUCAAGGGGCCUUCAUUGACUUCACGAUCAACGAUUGUCAAAAAUUGGAUGUUGAACGUACAGUAAUGAAUAAGUCGUUGUCUUUGGAUGUAACUGGACCAAUACAACACGUUGACGAAGGCUAUUAUUUGGAUGGGUCCAGUCUAACAUAUUCAAUUACCCCAUCUCAAGAUAUUGUGUCCAGCUCAUGUGAUUGCCCAGUUAUUCUAGUGAUAUAUAAUGACCUGGAAAUAUAUAACGAGUUUCUGAAUCAGAAAACUGGUAUACAAACUGGUUUUAUCGUUAACUUUUGCUUCAAUCGAGACGAGCUGUCUACAAAAAUAGUGGUUGAUAAAAACUCCUAUUUAUACGCUGGUCUGGUGAUCUGUACCACUAUUGUACAUACUACCAUCAAUCUACGCCUCUCUGAAAUUUCUUACCAAUAUAAUAUCCUUGCAAUUGCGGAGAAAUCCUUGAGCAGGUGCACCGUUAUCCAUCACUACAUCAACACCUGUACUAUAAAUUCGCUCUCUAAUGUGUACCAGGAAAACGAUGAACUGUGUGUUGUUGCUCUGGUAUCUCCGAGACUAUCUCCUCUUGCUCCUACUUGUACUCCCCCUAACAACGGCAAACAGUGCACUGCUAAUUUCUUUGUUUUAGUAUCUGCAAUAACGCUAUUAUUUACAGUUUAAUUAAUUAAUUAUGGUAUAGCUCAUUAUAAUGUAUACUAAUUAUAGUUGUAAGUAUAAUUUAUAGCAAUUUGCUUUUAUUACAAUGUGAGUCA